AUGGUUGUGAUUCGAAAGGGUCCAAUUAAUAUAUCCUAUAUCAAUCAGAUUGAGUGGCAGCCAGAUGCGGGACUGCAGCAGGUCCUACAGCUUCUUAAGGACUCCCAGUCGCCAAACACAGCCACACAGAGAGCUGUCCAACAAGUAUCCUUCCUCACUAACCAAUUUCCAGACUUCAACAACUAUCUUAUUUUUGUCCUUACACGACUUAAACUGAAGGUAAAUGAGCCCACUCGGUCGCUCAGCGGCCUGAUACUCAAGAACAAUGGAAGGGCCCACUACCAGAACUUUCCGCCCAGUGCAGAGUUCAUCAAGCAGGAAUGUCUCUCCAACAUUGGGGACCCAUCACCUCUCAUCCGUGCUACAUUGGUGGGCAUCCUUAUCACCACCAUUGCCUCCAAGGGUGACCUGCAGACAUGGCCUGAACUGCUGCCACAGCUCUGCAACCUGUUGAACUCUGAGGACUAUAACACAUGCGAGGGCUCUUUUGGAGCACUGCAGAAGAUCUGCGAGGACUCGUCUGAGUUGCUGGACAGCGAUGCCCUGAAUAGACCACUGAACAUCAUGAUCCCAAAGUUCCUUCAGUUUUUCAAGCAUUGCAGUCCAAAGAUCAGGUCCCAUGCCAUAGCCUGUGUAAACCAGUUCAUCAUUGGCCGAGCCCAGGCCUUGAUGGAUAACAUUGACCCCUUCAUAGAGAGUCUCUUUGCCUUGGCAGCAGAUGAAGACUCUGAAGUGAGGAAGAAUGUCUGCAGGGCACUGGUGAUGCUGCUGGAGGUCCGUGUCGACCGCCUCAUCCCCCACAUGUUCAGCAUCAUCCAGUACAUGCUUCAACGGACCCAGGACCCCGAUGAGAAUGUGGCUCUUGAGGCCUGUGAAUUCUGGCUGACCCUGGCGGAGCAGCCCAUCUGUAAGGACGUGCUCUCUGGACACUUGGUGCAACUGAUUCCCAUCCUGGUGAAUGGGAUGAAGUACUCUGAGAUAGACAUCAUUCUCCUCAAGGGUGAUGUGGAGGAAGACGAGGCUGUGCCCGACAGCGAGCAGGACAUCAAGCCGCGCUUCCACAAGUCUCGCACUGUCACCCUCCAACACGAAGGGGGCGGCGGCGAGGAGCAAGAGGACAUAGACGACGACGACGACGACGAUGAUGACGACACGCUGUCCGACUGGAACCUGCGUAAUGUUCUUGCGGCGGCGUUGGACGUGUUGGCCAACGUGUUUCGCGACGAGCUGCUGCCGCACCUGCUGCCCCUGCUCAAGGGCUUGCUUUUUCACCCUGACUGGGUCAUCAAGGAGUCGGGCAUCCUGGUGCUCGGAGCCAUCGCUGAGGGCUGCAUGCAAGGCAUGGUGCCCUACCUGCCAGAGCUCCUCCCUCACCUCAUCGCGUGUCUGUGUGACAAGAAGGCCCUGGUGCGCUCCAUUGCCUGCUGGACACUCAGCCGCUAUGCUCACUGGGUGGUCUCCCAGCCACCGGACUCCCACCUGAAGCCCCUGAUGACGGAGCUGCUGAAGCGAAUCCUGGACGGGAACAAGAGGGUCCAGGAGGCUGCCUGCAGUGCUUUUGCCACGCUGGAGGAAGAAGCGUGCACAGAGCUGGUGCCCUACCUCAGCUUCAUCCUGGACACGUUGGUCUUUGCAUUCGGAAAGUACCAACACAAGAAUCUGCUCAUCCUGUACGAUGCCAUAGGAACCCUGGCUGACUCCGUGGGACACCACCUCAACCAGCCAGAGUACAUCCAGAAGUUGAUGCCUCCGCUCAUCAGCAUGAAUGAACUGAAGGAUGAAGAUAAGGAUCUCUUCCCAUUGCUGGAGUGUCUGUCCUCGGUGGCCACCGCACUGCAGAGUGGUUUCCUGCCUUACUGUGAGCCGGUCUACCAGCGCUGUGUCACACUAGUCCAGAAGACGCUAGCCCAGGCCAUGAUGUACAACCAGCACCCUGACCAGUACGAGGCUCCAGACAAGGACUUCAUGAUCGUGGCUCUGGACCUGCUGAGCGGCCUGGCCGAGGGCCUGGGGGGCCACGUGGACCAGCUGGUGUCCCGCUCCAACAUCAUGACCCUGCUCUUCCAGUGCAUGCAGGACAGCAUGCCUGAGGUGAGACAGAGUUCAUUCGCCCUCCUGGGUGAUCUGACCAAGGCCUGCUUCCCUCAUGUGAAGCCCUGCAUCGCGGAGUUCAUGCCCAUCCUUGGCCUGAACCUGAACCCGGAGUUCAUCUCUGUGUGUAACAACGCUACCUGGGCCAUUGGAGAGAUCUCCAUGCAGAUGGGAAGUGAUGUCAAGGAGCAGACAGGGGAGUCAUCAGGUGCUGAAAUGCAGCCCUACGUCAGUGUGGUACUGCCACACCUGGUGGAAAUCAUCAACAGACCCAACACUCCCAAAACCCUUCUGGAAAAUACCGCCAUAACCAUCGGAAGGCUGGGUUACGUCUGUCCCCAGGAGGUGGCGCCGCAGUUGCAGCAGUUCAUCAGACCAUGGUGUACCUCGCUGAGGAACAUCCGCGACAACGAGGAGAAAGACUCUGCAUUCCGGGGGAUCUGCAUCAUGAUCGGAGUCAACCCUGGUGGCGUAGUGCAGGACUUUAUUUUCUUCUGUGAUGCUGUGGCUUCCUGGGUCAGUCCUAAAGAUGACCUGAGGGAAAUGUUUUAUAAGAUCCUGCAUGGCUUCAAGGAGCAAGUAGGGGAGGAGAACUGGCAGCAGUUCUCAGAGCAGUUCCCCCCUCUGCUGAAGGAGCGCCUCUCGGCCUGCUAUGGAGUCUAGCACCUGAAGCCCCGGGGUCCACGCGGGAAAACUGACCUGUUAGGUUAAUCUAGGGGAGGGUUACUGGGAAACUCAUCCAUCUAUGUAAUUGCACUGCCCUGGUAGGGUGGGGGAGAGAGGUUGGAGCGCGAGGUAGAUGGAGCCAGACCAGGAGAGCUGCAGCAGCUGUCCUCGAUCCUCCACUCUGCAGAUGGCCUCCUCGCAAGCCCUGCGCCAUGUGUCUCUGUCCUGAGGGUGGGUGGGAGGGGAGAAGCGGGGAAUCAUGCAUACCUCUGGGGGAUAAAACACAACCUGGCUAAAUCUUUCACACUCACAAUCCAUAAACACCACGCCAGGGUUCCAGGGAGCCGGGGUGGGUGGGUUCCAGGGAGGGUGAGGUUAGGGGUGUUACCUAGCACAAGUGCUGGCCCUCCCGGUCCUUAUCGCGUCGAUAGUUCUAAUAAGACAAUGGGUGGGGGGGUAGCGGGUUCUACGGUAAUCAGCAUAGGGGCUCCGCCGGUUUCAGAAGGUGAUGCAAAUGACCAUGCCAUCUGCCCCUAUCCACGUUAGUUAGACAUAAUCAGACUGUGGGGUUCGGACCCUUAUGUUACUAAUUCUUAUUACCACUAGGCUAGCCGGGGUAUAAAAAAAAGCAUAACUUCUAUUACGUUUUUUUCUUUUGCAGUAAUGUAUUGGGGAAUAUGUACAACAAUAAUUUGUACCAUUUUAUGCAAACAACAAGAAGUACACAGGGUGAGUUCCCUUGUCUAGUGUAUACUUCAGACCAUUUUAUUUUGCCCCCUUUUCUUCUUUUCAAGAUCAUUGUAUUCUCCCCUGUAGUAGGACACAUGUCUGUUGCAUCAGACAUGUUGAGCCACCAUACACAAGUCCUUUCCUUUAAAAGAAAUUGGGAUGUCAUUGCUCAAUCAACAGUUGUCGUUUCUCUAAGGGUGAUCCAGGAGGAAUGCGGUAGCUGGAGUUUUCCCAUCGCCUCUGGUGGUUUACGGCUGUUCUGUUCCUAGCAGUGCCUUUUUUAUUAGAGGUUUUGCGCUCUUAUGCAAGCGUUUAUCUUGGAUCUGGUAGUCAGGAGACUGGCUUAAAAGUAAACCCUGGUAGAGAAACUGGGCAAGAGGAUAAUACUUUCGCUGCUACUGCUCCUUUCUUUUUAGAGUAUUUACUAAAUGAACUUCAGUGAAGAAACAUGGGCUUAAAAGUUAAAUCAGUUGUUUCUCAUGAACGUAUUUGCACUUUCCUUUUUUUUUGAUAAGAAGUAAGGAUCUCAUAGGUAUGCUGAGUAUUAAUGUACCUGUCUUAAGGUAUGCAUUUUCUUUUAUAUGUAAUUUUUGCCUAGGUAAGCAAAUUAUAUAUGGUGAAGCACAAUGGCCUGUGUAAUUUUGUUAUUCCCAUUAUCCUCGAGGAAAGUACUCAAAUUAGUGAUUCAUGUAAGGUUUCCUAGACAACACUUGUGAGUAGGGUAAAAACAAAUAACCGCCUCUGGUUUCCAUGGGGUAUUUUGACAUUGAAUGAAUAUAAUUAUGCUGGUAUCAUCAUUUAAGGAAUCUGAAUAUGUAUUGGGUAGACUUGAGGUAUCGGUGCAUAGGGCAAGCUUUAAGGUAGCACAUUUUUUUUAUAUAAAUAAGUUAAAUAGGUUUUAGUGGGAUGGGACAUCUUAAUUGCAGUAUUAUGAUUUCAAAGUUUUCCUGCCAGACAGUGUUGUGGAAUUGAGUUUGUCAUGUCAGACAUCAUAUAACAGUCCCUUCCAGGGAGGGACCUUCCUUUUUAAAGAGCUUUGUCCUAUUGCAAUUAAAGUCGCUGCUGGAGUGUUGGAUUCGAAAAUAUGAUACAACUCGUGACUGGUUUGCCAGUUGCCAUACACACACUCCGGUAAUACUGUGUAGGGUAAGCCUGGAAUGUUGACUCUACCCUAAUGAUCCUCCCUAACAUUUGUAUGUGGGUGAAAGGGUUGGGCUCUAUAUUGGAGUCCAAACGUUUUGUCGAAUGGCAAUAGAGGACACUUCUGGACAAGUUAAUCGGGUUCCUUUCAACGUUUGACUUUCGCUUGUGUGGACAAGGGAGGGUUUCUUCAAUCUUAUCUUGCACCAGCCCCUAGCUGAUAUGUUAUAAGCCCUGCCUGUCUAAUGCAGCCUCCCCAGCCAUCAACAUUUACCUCUUAGUUUACACUACCAAGUUGCUCAUCUCAGAUCCCUGGGUCAGGUUACUUCUGGUGCAAAACUUAGCCAUUGAAUUAAUAUGGACUUCAGUAAAUACUUGAUACUCUAAGGUUUUCUUUUGUGUUCUUGCACAUCAGGUCAGUGUAAGCAUUAUUUUUAAAGUUAUAUUUUAGUACAUCUGUAACGUAAAUGAAACAGCAUUAUGGAUAAAAAGCUUUCCAUAGGCUGCCCCCUUUCUUCUUAGUUACCCCCUUUCUUCUAUCAAGAAAGGGGGUUUCUAUUGGGAUCUUGGCAAAUGUUGAUGGUUUGGAGUGACUGUUCUCGCUGACUUGGCACUGAAAGAUGUUCACCCAGCUAUAACAGUUUAUUGCACAAAUUCUCAGUGAUGUUGGUGCCAGAUAUAGAGGCUAAAAACGAGGUACAAACCCUCGAUUUGUAGCCAUAUGCUAAACUUUAUGCAUAAGCAAACUAAAGUGUAAUGGAUUUCCACAAGUUUGAGUUUUAGUCGUUUAGUUUUAUAUGGAUAGUCUUUUUUUUUUUCCACCUUUUUAUUUGUUUCAUUUGGGUAAUUUCUUUUUGUGCCGACUUGCACAAAUGUUUUAGACUUUAAAAGUUUUUUUGCAAUAUUCUUUUUAUGUAAAGAAUUUUUUUUGUUUUCGUUGUUUUAUAGCGGACCAUUUAAUUUUGUCUCAAUGAUGCUACACCCAUUGGGAAGGUGGAGCCUGAUACUUUAGAGAAGAAUGUGAAACGGCGAAUGAAUUGGUAGUAGCAGUAAGAAAAAAAAAAAAAACUGGUGCAGAUGGGAUGUGAACUGUAUCCCUUCCUACAUUUCUUUUGUGACUGGGGAAAAUAAAAGUUUUUCUAUCAAGCUGG